GCGCUGUUCUCUGUUCUGUGCGAACUCCCAAUAACUUUAAGGAUACUGAUCCCGUUAUUCAAAAACAUUUAUCGUAAUCGCAGAACCAAUUAAAAUCGAAGGAAAUAUGAAUUCGCAAUCGGCGGUGCGUCGGUAUCCACACAGUUUCUCCAUCGAACAGAUCCUGGCCAAGCCGGAAGUGCGUGCGUCCAGUACCUUUUCGGAUCCGGUGCAGGAUGAGAGUUUGCGUGGCGGUAUUUGUGAUGUUUCGCGGGUAUCGAGUCCUGCUACAUCGAGCUGCUUGGAGGACACCCUGGACGACGGCAAAAGUGAUAACGAUCUGGCCUCUGACGACGGCAACGCCCUUGGCGAUGAUCGCAAGAAGCGUCCAAGAACCGCUUUCUCGGCAGCCCAGAUCAAGGCUCUGGAAACUGAAUUCGAGCGAGGCAAAUACUUGUCCGUGGCCAAGAGGACGGCGCUGGCCAAGCAGCUGCAGCUCACAGAGACACAGAUAAAAAUCUGGUUCCAAAAUCGCCGCACCAAGUGGAAACGCAAGUACACCUCGGAUGUGGAGACUCUAGCCUCGCACUACUACGCCCAGCUGGGCAUUGGCGGAUUGGCCCGACCAAUGGUGGUUGGCGACAGGCUGUGGCUCUUCAGCCAGACACCCACGGGUCCCACGCCUAUUCAGUCCAUCAUGCUAAAUGGCAGCGGAUCGGCGGCACCCCUAGCUGCAGCUUCGGCCACUGCAUCUCCCAUGCGACCAUAUGCCACGCCUGGCGGAAUGCCUCCACUUCCCGGGCCCAGUGUCAUGGAGAGUGCUCGCAAUGCUAUAUUGGCACGAGGACAGCCGCUCAACUUUGCCCUGCCCUUUGGAGUGGCCAAGCCACCGGUGGCAGCGGGUGGUGUGCCAUCCUCCGCUAGUUAUAUACCACGCUGCAAGUCGUAUGCGGGAAGCUAUGUGGAUUAUGCACCGCCACAUCCACAGAACGAGGCGUAUCUGCAGCUGAAGUACGCCACUCUGCCGCCGGAAACGGAAACCGGGUCCACCAAUGGCUUGGCCGAGCUGGAGCGGGUAUUCGGGGAUGCCAAUGCCAACUUUCUGCAAAAUAGGAGCACUCCCGCCAGUGGCGUAGCCACAUCCUACGGUCACGAUGGAUUAAACCAAGCCCAGCGCAGCCGAAGACCCACGCAAUCCGAAUCGGAGUGCAGCGACAUCGACUGCGAGCAGCUGGACGAAGAUGAAGAGGCGCCUGCAGCAGAGUGAAACUACAAAGUAGAGGCGUCUUGUUAUCUUUAGAAUUUAUGUUCUCACACACAAAAAUAUGCUCAUACAAAGGGUAUUCAUCAUAGGGGGUAAUGUUGUGUCUCGUCUGUGUAGAUUCCAUUACAACUAGCUGAGAGUGGCACACAUUUUCAGACCUGGCCAACGCGACGUGCCGCUGGCCUAGUUCUAGUUACAGUUCUAGCGCUAGUUAUUGCUAUUCUAUGUUACAUUGUGGGUCGGUUAUGGGUUACUCUCUCUCAACAAUUAAUAAAUGUAAAUUAAAUAAUCACAAAUCACAAAUAUUACACGCCCGUUACGCAGCUAGAACUCGAGUUGAUUUAACUUAAAUGCUAUGAGCUACACGCGGAAUACUAUAACUUAAACGUGGCUACAACUAUUUGCAACUCAACACGUUAGGCUGAGGGAAAGAAGCGAACGACACUGACUUAUGUACAAUUCAUUGCCUUGAAUUAACUAUACUAUACAUAGUGGAGACUCAUUUGAUUUGAUUUUGUUACGGCCACAGCUGGUCGUUAAAGGAGAUUCCAUAG